UCCCUUUCUCUCUUCUCUCCCCGCGGGGUCGGCCUCGGUGGGUAAAAUGGUUCGGCGGAGCGCAGGUCGGGCCCUCCGGGUGCUGCUGCUGCCCGCCCGGGCCGCGCCGCUCAUGCCCCGGGGACCGGCCGCCUGCUACGGUACUUCAAUAACAUCUGCCAAAGUCCAAGUGAAUGGAGUCCACCUGCAUUAUCAGCAGACAGGAGAAGGAAGCCAUGCAGUUCUUCUGCUUCCCGGAAUGCUAGGGAGUAGUCAAACUGAUUUUGGACCACAACUUAAGUCCAUGAAUAAGCAACUUUUCACAAUUGUUGCUUGGGAUCCUCGAGGAUAUGGACAGUCCAUUCCACCAUCACGAGACUUUCCUCCGGAUUUCUUUGAGAGGGAUGCAAAAGAUGCUGUGGAUCUUAUGCAGGCAUUGAAAUUUAAGAAGUUCUCUUUGCUGGGGUGGAGUGAUGGUGGAAUUACAGCACUCAUUGCAGCUGCAAAGUAUCCAACUCUUAUCCACAAGCUGGUUGUCUGGGGAGCAAAUGUCAGCGUUACUCAAGAGGAUGUGAGAAUUUAUAAUGGCAUCAGAGAUGUUUCAAAAUGGAGUGAAAAGGUCAAGAAACCCCUGGAAGAGAUGUAUGGGCAUAAGUACUUAGCAAAAACCUGCGAGGCUUGGGUAGAUGGAAUAUCUCGCUUUGCUGAAAAUACAGAUGGUAAUAUCUGCCAAGAGUUGCUGCCAGAUAUUAAAUGUCCCACAUUUAUAAUUCAUGGUGAGAAAGACUGUUUGGUUCCACAAGCUCAUGCAGAAUACAUUCAUAAGCACGUCAAAGGCUCUCGGCUGCUUCUGAUGCCAGAAGGAAAGCAUAAUCUACACCUGCGUUUUGCAGAGGACUUCAACAGAGAGGUGGAAGACUUCCUACGCUGAAAAGAGUAGGAAACAACCUGGAGGUGUUUCUUUUUGCUUUGUUUGGGAAUUCUAGUAGGCUUUCAAUUUUCAUUCAAGUUACAGGAAGGCUUGAAUCCUGUAAUUAAAAAAAUGUGAAAGAUA